CCAAUCAGCUGCAAAGCUUCCCGAAAGCAGUUCAACUUCCAAAAAAAUGCUCAGAAUUAGUUCUCUUAAAGUUUUCCUCAGGAACUGUCGAUUUGUGUCGAACAAAAACAAGAUAUCAAAACCGGUGUGCAUACCUAUCUGCUUAUAGCUAGAUAAGGACCAAUUACAAACCUGGCUGAAAUACAAUCUGAGAGUCAGGAAUGUUUUGUGAAAGCCACUGAGUAUCUUGAAAAAAAAAAGAGUCCAAUACAACAUCACUCAAAUAAACUGAUCGUGUCGAAAUCAAUAACAUCACAAAACAAAAAUUUUAUGAUUCCAACAGCUAUUUUUCAAGGUAUGGAAAAUAUUAAGAAUACUGAUAUACAAGCUGUACCUAAUAUGGAAUCUGAUAAUGCUGUCAAAUCACCAACUGACAGUUUAUUUUCUGAAUGUGUCCUUGAUUUUUCAAAAUAUCUUUCUACAGCUGAUUUACCUGCAGCUCCUGGAGAGUUCUUUGAUGAUUUAUUUCAUGGAAAAUUAUCAAAAGAUGCGCUUCAGAGACAUUUACCAGGUUUAAUCAAAAUAAAGAAAGAACCUGACUCGACGGCUACUUCAAGAUGCUCAACACCAGAGAGCUUACUUCCAGAACAUGAUUUUGACAAUGGAGAUUUUCCUACUCCCCAAUUUCAGGACAAUAUCAUUAAUCCAAGAUAUCAGAAAGGUGGUUUAAUGAUAAAUCAAUUUCAAUAUAUUCCUCGUAGUAGUGGUACUUCUGAAAAUGACUCUGAUGACGAAAUUAAUGUUGAAGUUUUAGAUUUUAAUGCGCAAAGAUUGAAAGCUGCUUUAAUAAAGUUGGAGCAAAGUAAAGGUGAUGAUAAUGUUAGUCAUAGAAAUGAACUAAAGUCACCCCGUAGUAAGAGUCGAAAAACAAUGUCAAAAGGCAGUGAAGAGUAUUUAGUGAAACGUGAGCGAAAUAAUGUUGCUGUUAGAAAGAGUAGAACAAAAGCUAAGUUAAAGCAUAUUGAAACUCAAAUGCGUGUUGGUGAGCUAACAGAAGAAAAUGAUCAGCUACGUAAUCGCAUUGCUUCCUUGCAAAAAGAAUUAGAUGCUAUGAAAAGUUUUUUUGAGUACAAUUCUCUAAACGAAAAGUCAUCUUAUUUCUCUUCUUAUCCUGCCAUGUUCUCUGCUACAAAAUUAUUGUAAAAACCUAAAAUAUUUUAUUUUUUGCUUUAUGUUUAAUAAUUUUAGUUUAUAGUUACUCAAUAUUUAUUUGGAGUGUCAUACAUGUGGAUUGCAUAAAGAUUUAGGAAAAUUUUUAAGUCUGGAAAAGUAUAUAUUCGGAUCGGAUUGUCGAAUGUAAAGAAGCUUACUUAAAGUUUUUCCUAUUUCUUUAAUCUUUGUAAUUUUUUAGCAAUUUAAAUAACAAUUUUGUUUUGUUCAACCUGA